AUGGUUUAUGUGGUUAUAUUAGUAUCUGAAGAGGAUGUAAAACUUGUGGCAUUACCCAGCUUCACGCAACUAUUCUCACACCGUGCAGAUAUUCCAUUCGUUAUCGUACGUACAACGCAUGUUCGUGGACAUCCAGUUUUGAUGUUGUUGAAUGGAGCUGGUCAAAUAGUGGUGUUAAGUUUGCCGUCUUUAAGGCAGUUGGCUUGUACAGCCUUGUUUCGACAGUCGAUAGAGCUUGAUGAUGCUAUGUGUCAAAAGACGUCCUUCUCUGAACAUGGAUUAGGUGUUUAUGCGAUCACACCAUCCGAGGUACAAAAGUUCACAGUUUGCUCGGAAUUGGCUGGUCAGGUGCAGGAGUGUAUGGGUGAAUUGUUUGUUCCGGUGGAUAUGCCCGAACCACCGAGAAGUUCAUUCUUCAAAGGGGUAUCGACCUUGUUCGCCGGACAGAAGGAGAGCGUAGAUUUGGACUCGAUUUUUGUUGAGAAGAAUCCGAGCUCAACGGCUGGAAGUGGAAUGCGUUCUAUUGCGAAAACAAUUCCUGGUCCUUCGGCAAGUCUCGAUCAAGCCACAUCACGAGGUAUCUCAGCAGGACAUGCCGCAAAUAUAGCAUUGCAGGCACUCCACGAGCGAGGUGAGAAGCUGGGCGCAACGGUGGAUGCAACCGAGCGAUUGAAAGAUAACGCUAUGAACUUAUCACAACGCACUGGUAAAUUAGUUGAGAAAUAUGAGAAGAAGAAGUGGUUCAACUUUUAG